GGGUCACAUAUUGAUUUAAUAUCCAAAUUCGAACGGAGAGAGUCUUUCUCCGUCGUCUAUUUUCCCGCCCAUUCUUCCAAAACCAACACUCCCAUUUUCUCUGCCUCCUUCCGUGAAAAUAAAUGAGUGCUCCCAUGGAGAUUUCUUUCCCAAACCCUCCCUUAGAAGCCCAGAUGUCUGAAUCAAAUGGCAUCAGCUCCGAGUCAGCUGCUUCUUCUAUUGUAAAUGAAGACAAAAUUCUCGUUUCAGUCGAGGUGUGCUUAAAAUCCUCCAGCACUGCUCGGAUUGAAGAUGUUCGGUUGGCCGUUGAGAGAAUGCUUGAGAAGAGAAGUUUAAGCUAUGUUGAUGGGCCUAUUCCAGUGCCGCUUGAUGACGCUUUUCUCACAGAAAACGUGCAUGGAAUCCGAAUUUGCGACUCUGACGACGGCGUGCAAAGCCAUGACAUUCUCUUGUUCUGGCAAGUCAAACCUGUUGUUCAUGUCUUUCAGCUUUCUGAAGAAGGACCCUGCGAGGAACUUGGUGGGGAAGGACAGAUUUCUAGUUUUAAUGAAUGGAUACUUCCUGCCAAGGAGUUUGACGGGAUAUGGGAAAGUUUAAUUUUUGAGUCUGGUCUCAAGCAAAGGCUUCUUCGAUAUGCUGCUAGUGCUUUGUUAUUCACUGAAAAGGGUGUCGAUCCAUUCCUAGUUUCAUGGAAUCGGAUUGUCCUAUUACAUGGACCUCCAGGAACUGGUAAGACCUCUUUAUGCAAAGCACUGGCUCAAAAACUGUCGAUAAGAUAUUUGUCGAGAUACCCACACAGCGUACUCAUUGAAGUUAAUGCACAUUCACUGUUUAGCAAAUGGUUUUCUGAAAGUGGCAAGCUGGUAGCAAAGCUAUUCCAGAAGAUUCAAGAGAUGAUAGAGGAAGAAGACAAUCUGGUAUUUGUUUUGAUUGAUGAAGUGGAAAGCUUAGCUGCUGCUAGAAAGGCUGCUUUGUCUGGUUCAGAACCUUCAGAUUCCAUUAGGGUUGUCAAUGCGCUACUUACACAGAUAGACAAGUUGAAAUCGUCACCAAAUGUAGUGAUUCUGACAACUUCCAAUAUAACAGCAGCUAUUGAUAUUGCAUUUGUGGAUCGAGCAGAUAUCAAAGCAUAUGUUGGUCCACCAACUCUUCAAGCACGUUAUGAAAUCCUAAGGUCCUGCUUGCAAGAGCUUAUACGCACUGGAAUUUUGUCAACUUCUGAGGGUUGUGACCACUCUAUGCUUCCUAACUAUGCUGGUUUGAAAGAGAAAGUAAACAUUCCAGAGACUGAGAAGGUUGAUGUACCGCUUCACAUCAGCAAACUAUUGCUUAAGGUUGCUGAAGCAUGCGAGGGUUGUAGCGGACGUUUCUUAAGAAAGCUCCCAUUCUUAGCGCACGCGACUCUAGCCAAUCCAUGUACUGGCGAUCCUUCAAAGUUCUUGUUCGCAAUGUUGGAAACGGCCAGGAGGGACCGAACAGAGUUACCUGAAUGAACAUAUUGUUAAGAAGCUUCUUGUGCUUGUAAUUGAUGUUGUACUGAUAACAUUUACAUAUACGGAACUAAAUCUGGAAAUCAGUUGUAGAAGCUGACGCUAUUUGAAAAGUCUACUGAAAAUACUCAUUGAGAGCUAAUGUCAGCUAUCCAUUGCGUAUAACCUUAUAAGGACUGUUUCUGAAACUGUUGCAUUGCAGAUUUCCCUGUUGUGUUUUUUAGUGUUUUCACUCUCUCAAAUCUCAAUCACGUACCCUCCACGAAAUCAACUGUUAAUAUGGACAAAGCUAUAUAUGCAAAUGAUAUGAUUAAAGUUUUAUCCAUGUUUUAGAGCAUAGGUUUCAUUUGUUCUGUUCAUUUGUCUGUAUGAUCAGUUACAUACAUGGACUAUUAGGUACAAACUUGCAAGGGAAAAAAGCAGAAAAGAGAAGGCGUACAUGCCAGAACAUGUGAGAAGAGGAACACCCAAGAAAAAUCGGGUUCACUUUGCCACAACCGACCAAAAGGGAAAAGAAAGAGGAGCCAAGAAUUUAAACUACAUAGAUAAAGAUCCUUUUUUGAAGGGUCGUCUUUAACAGAAAGGCCCAGCUUUGAGAAAUAAUACCUGCUUCUUCCCCCCUGCUAUCUUGCCAUGUUUCUUGCUUUCAAUAACAGUUCAAGGACGAUGCCAAUCAACAUUCUUGCUGCAAUAGAGAAGCCACGAAGAAAUUUUUCUUUCUUGCAGUCUUUUGAAAUGGGAAGCUUUGUUUUGAUCGUUCGAACAAUGGUUCGAAAAUUUAGACGUCCUUGUAAGCAGAGUGUUAUAAGGGUUCUUUGAUGAUCUCAUACUUUGCAAAGGGGAAUUCAGCAUCCUGGUCCGAUUCAGUGAAGAGUUCUUUCAUUUGUCGUCUUCAAAACAUGCACACAUGAGUUUCUACUUCUCUUUCUUUCUCUCUAUCAAUCAUGAUCUAUUAUCAGAUCUGUAGUAGAAUAUUUAUAGUUAUGUUAUUUCGCAAGUGUUUUGUUUAUAUCAGAUAUAUUUUAAGGUUUUGAGUGUAAUUUCUCUGCAUGCAUGUCUGCAUCCGCAGCUGAUUGAUGUAAUAAAAGUUUCUUCCCAUUUUCGGUUUUCUAUA